AUGGCGCGCCUGGGCACCACGCAGAUCCCCGACGGGGAGUUCACCGCGGUGGUGUACCGGCUCAUUCGGGAUUCCCGCUACGCCGACGCGGUGCAGCUGCUGGGCGGAGAGCUCCAGCGGAUCCCGAGGAGCCGCGCCGGCCUGUCGCUGCUGGGCUACUGCUACUACCGCCUGCAGGAGUUCGCGCUGGCCGCUGAGUGCUACGAGCAGCUGAGCCAGCUGCACCCGGAGCUGGAGCAGUACCGCCUGUACCAGGCCCAGGCCCUGUACAAGGCCUGCCUUUAUCCGGAAGCCACCCGGGUCGCCUUCCUCCUCUUGGACAACCCCGCCUACCACAGCCGGGUCCUUCGCCUGCAGGCUGCCAUCAAGUACAGCGAGGGCGAUCUUCCCGGGGCCAGGAGCCUGGUGGAGCAGCUACUGAGUGGGGAAGGGGGAGAAGACAGUGGGAGUGAGAACGAGUCAGAUGGCCAGGUCAACCUGGGUUGCUUGCUCUGCAAAGAGGGACAGUACCAAGCUGCCUGUUCCAAGUUCUUUGCAGCCCUGCAGGCCUCGGGCUACCAGCCUGACCUUUCCUACAACCUGGCUUUGGCCUAUUAUAGCAAUCGACAGUAUGCCUCAGCGCUGAAGCAUAUCGCUGACAUUAUUGAGCAUGGCAUACGACAGCACCCGGAGCUAGGAGUGGGCAUGAACACCGAGGGCAUUGAUGUUCACAGUGUUGGCAACACGUUAGUCCUUCACCAGACUGCUCUGGUGGAAGCCUUCAACCUCAAGGCAGCCAUAGAAUACCAACUGAAAAACUACGAGGUGGCCCAUGAAACCCUCACUGACAUGCCACCCAGGGCAGAGGAAGAGUUAGACCCUGUGACCCUGCACAACCAGGCACUAAUGAACAUGGAUGCCAGACCUACGGAAGGGUUUGAAAAGCUACAGUUUUUGCUCCAACAGAACCCCUUCCCCCCAGAGACCUUUGGCAACCUGUUGCUGCUGUACUGUAAGUAUGAGUAUUUUGACCUGGCCGCAGAUGUCCUGGCGGAGAAUGCCCACUUGACUUUCAAGCUCCUCACACCCUAUCUCUACGACUUCUUGGAUGCCGUGAUCACUUGCCAGACAGCUCCUGAAGAGGCUUUCGUUAGGCUUGACGGGCUAGCAGGAGUGCUGACUGAGCAGCUACGGAAACUCACCAUACAAGUACAGGAAGCCAGACACAAUAGAGAUGAUGAAGCUGUCAAAAAGGCAGUGAAUGAAUAUGAUGACGUCCUGGAGAAGUAUAUUCCCGUGUUGAUGGCCCAGGCAAAAAUCUAUUGGAAAAGAUGUUUUUUGUCCCUAUUAGAAAACAGGUCUAAAUACACAAUCAUUCUUCAUGACAGUGUUAUUCAAGAAUGCAUUCAGUUUCUAGAAGACUCUGAACUUUAUAGCAGGAACAUACCUGCCAUUAUUGUACAGUGUCUAGAAGAAAGAAUGCAUAUUAGAAUAACUACAGUCACAUAA